CAUGCGGGGAUUCCCAUGUUGGGAGGAUAUACGAAACCUGCUGUUUCUAUUAUCUUCCCAUGUUACUGCUACCCACAUAUUCUUCGAUAAAACAAAUAAUACAAGCUACCCGAUCUGUUAAUUUGUUUCAGUGUGGCAUGACAGCGCUUUUGAUAUGAUAGUGGUUUAUGUUGGACUGUCCACGCACUAACAGCACGUGACCUGGAUUACUUUCCCCAAUAGUAUAAAAGCUUAUGAGCUACAUAAAAUCCCUCAAAGGUGUCUCUCAGAAGAUCAGACCUAUAAACAUCAUGCUAACCUUUGAUUUGCUGAUAAUUUUCUUCUCCUGUUCGAUGGUUUAUUCUAUUCCUCGGAGUAGAUUUCGUCAACUGCCAGAAAUUUCACAAAAACAUGACAUGGAUAAUCUGUGGGAAGAUGAGCAAGAUCGAGAACUAGAACUUACACAAGAUAUCUAUCCACUAGUGAAACGAAAAGAUCUAUCUGCAGUGGAAUUGCUGGACUACUUGCUGAGAAGUUUACCGAGAAAAACAUACAACAGGAACCACGUGAGAGGACAACAUUUUGGAUUAAGUCGUUAAAGAAAAUGAGAUACGAACUUGCUAAUUGAUAUUCUCUUAACUUAUUAUCGACCUUGCUUGGCUGAUGAAAACUAGUUAUAACUCGAUAGUGUAGUACACAGUUAGUCCUAAAACAUUGUUAACUAAAGUGACAUUAAUUUAUUUCAUGGAUACGAAACGUUAGCUAGAAAUCGUUAAAACUUGUGUAUACUAUAAUUUAUUUCGAAGACUGUAAACUCAAAUAAAACAAGAUAAAUAA